AUGGGACAUAGCAUGGGCGGUGGACAAGUCCUCAACUACAUCUUCCAUCCGGACUCGCCCUACCAAUCCAGUCCCCCCAAGUUUGCAGGCGUGCUUCUAUUCUCUCCGCUUAUUGCCAUUCAUCCUUCUUCCCGCCCGUCAAAGAUAACGGUUGCGGCUGGCAGAGUAGUCGCAAGACUGAUCCCGCACAAGCAGCGGUACUCCGCCCUGGAUCAGAAAUUAAUCUCUCGUGACCCAGCUAUUGUGGAGUGGUUCACCAAUGAUGCUUUGUGUCAUGACACAGGCACUUUCGAGGGCUUGGCUGGCAUGUUGGAUCGUGGGAUCUGGCUAGAGGGUAUGUUUUCGGGCAAUUGGGUCAAGUCUGACUUGCCGUUUUGGUUUGGGCAUGGAAACGGGGAUCGUAUUACUAGCUAUGAUGCGACGAGGGACUUCGUCAAAGGGUUUGAGAAGAAUGGGGGAAACGUGGCUUUCGAGACUUAUGAGGGUGCCUAUCAUAAGUUGAGUGCUGAUCUUCCUGAAACGAGCGCGAAGUUUUUGGAAGAUGUGAAGAAUUGGGUGCUUGGUAAGGUGCCCCAGGCCGAGGCUUUGGGCAGUCAGGAGACUGCAGCGAGCUCGAACAUCCCUCAAGAUGGCUUUGUGCCGGAGGCCAAAGCGACAAAGCUUUGA